UUGUUUAUUGAUGGAAUCUUUGUUAAGGUAGCCGUAUGUAAUCUUGGUUCGAUUGCCCUUAACAGAUUCGUCACAGAAGACAAGAAGUUUGACUUCAAGAAGCUUCAUGAGGUGGCUAAGGUGCUAACCCGUAACUUGAACAAGAUUAUCGAAGUCAAUUACUACCCCGUUGAAGAAGCACGACGUUCCAACUUCCGUCAUCGGCCGAUUGGACUUGGAGUACAGGGACUUGCUGACGCCUUCAUGCUGAUGCGCUAUCCAUUCACGUCGCCUGAGGCCCGCGAUUUGAACCGCAGGAUCUUCGAGGUUAUCUAUUACGCUGCUCUUGAAGCCUCCUGUGAACUUGGCCGAGAAAUAUGGUCAGUAUGGUAUUGUUAA